AUGUCAAACUUCACACUUACCGUUCCUUCUUCCUUAGCAAUGGCCAGCACCAAACACGUCUUGCUCUUCCCGUUCCCGGCCCAAGGCCACCUCGGGGCGUUCAUGUCCCUCGCCGAACUCCUCCACCGCGCCAUCCCGUCCGCCGCCGUAACUCUGGUCUCCCCCCCUCGAAACGUCGCUGCCCUCUCCGCCACGGCGCCGCCAUGGCUUGCGUUCCACUCGCUCCCCUUCAACCCAGCCGACCACGGCCUGCCGACCCACGCCGAGUCCGCCGACGCCCUCCCCGUCGGGUUCCCCUUGGUCACCCUCUUCGAAGCUUUCGAGGCUCUGCAGCCCGCCUUCGACGGCUACGUGGCCAGCAUGGCCAAGGACGACUCCGUCGUCUCCAUCGUCUCCGACCUGUUCGUCGCGUGGGCCGCCAGCGUCGCGCGGAGGAACGGGUGCUCCCACGCCUUCUUCGCCUCGUGUGGCGCGUUCGGCACGGCCAUCCUGCGCUCACUGUGGGAGAACGUGCCGCUCUCGGUCACCCCCACCGGGCACGUACCCGUGCCCGGGUUCCCCGGCAAGAUCUUCCACAAGACGCAGGUAUCCGAGGUCAUGCUCCGUGCGGACGGCGAGGACCGGGCGUCGGCUUUCUGUCACCGGCAGAUAGCUCACAGCCACGCGACGGACGGGGUGCUCAUCAACACCGUGGAGGAGUUCGAGCCAACGGGGCUGGGCUUGCUACGGAGCAGCCUGCGCGUCCCGGUUUGGCCCAUCGGGCCUCUCAUCCGCGUCGCCGGCGCAAGACCGGCCGCCUCCGCCGACAAAGUGCACGACGGCAUGGUAAGCUGGCUGGACACGCAGCCGCCGGCCUCGGUGCUCUACGUGUCGUUCGGGUCCCAGAACUCCAUCCGGCAGGCGCAGAUGGCGGUGCUGGCAAUGGCGCUGGAGCACGCCGGACGGCCGUUCAUCUGGGCUAUCCGGCCGCCUGUGGGGCUCGCCGUCGCGGCGAGCGAGUGGCUGCCGGAAGGAUUCGAGAAGAGAGCGCGCGACGAGAACAGAGGGCUCGUCAUCCGUGGAUGGGCUCCGCAGGUGACUAUCCUCGCCCAUCGCUCCACGGGCGCGUUCCUCUCGCACUGCGGGUGGAACUCGGUGCUGGAGAGCCUUGUGCACGGCGUGCCGCUCCUCGGAUGGCCGCUCGCCGCCGACCAGUUCUACAACGUGGAGAUGUUGGAGAAGGAGUGCGGCGUGUGCGUGGAGGUGGCGAGGGGGAGCACGGAGAACGCGGCGCCGCCUGAGAUUGACAGGGUGGCGGAGCUGGUCGAGACGGUGAUGGGGCAGACGUCCAAGGCGGCGGAGAUGCGGAGACGGAUGAAGUGCAUCGGCGAGUUGAUGAGAGGCGCAGCUACGGGCGACGUUGGGUCAUCGAAGAAGGCGCUCGAGAGCUUCCUGGGAGCAACGAGGAUGCAUUGA